GAGGAAAGGGAGAAGUCGCGGUGCCCACGCUGGAAAGAUCGUCGCGGAGGGGAGGGGAGGGCUACGAUGGCGACUCGUAACAGCCGGAAUAUGAUAUUUGAGAACUGGGUUUCUUUGAUGUGAUCGACGCGGGGUGCAUAAGAACAUGGGUUCUGUUACGUUUCACGAGAUGAAACCCUAAGUUAGGUCUAUACCCCGCAGUCUGUUUUUCCUGGGCAACACGAAUCUCACUGUCGUGGCACACAUUUUGGAGUGUCGAUUGCUGCACCAGGUCCGGAAUGCUGCAGCCUGUCAGGCUGUGUUCUUCGCCCCAGGAAACGGCGCAAUGCUGUUGGGGUUGCCGUUUUUUAUGGGGUGAGUGGACAGCGGUGAGUUGGGGCUGGAUCUUGCAUCUGUUUUGUGCCAAUAGCGGCGCAGCAACCUGCGGCCCAUGUGACGAUCAAGGCUUGUCGAUUAAUCGAUGCAAGUUGGAAUCGAGCGCACGGCAACAGCAAACCAUGUUUGGAGUUUAAAAUAGCGACGGUGCCUGUAAUUGAUCCUGAGAGUGAUUCUGAACAUUCUGGAAACGGAAAUUAUAAUUGCAAGAAUAAAUUUUCCAUGUUCGAGCCACCAGGGCUCUCCUGGAAAUUGUAAGGUCUAUUGCUAUAUUUGAAGAGCAGGAUCUCAAAUAGGCUCUGCGAAUGCCAGCGCCCGGGCUAAAUUAUCGGGUACCCAUUAUGUCAUUCCGACUCGGACUGGGUUUUUGCAAUGGAAUUGUCACCCUUUCGGACUCACAGCAGUAGUGCAGCGUUAACGAAAUAAUGAUUGGAGUGAAAGGACGAUUGUGGUGAAAGUUCAUAUCAUAGGGUUUGGAAUUCGUCUUUAAAUAUUGGAUAUUGCCAGCGUGGUUACCUGAUAACUUUGCGGUGAUGGUUAUUAAUGAGCAUUGCGUUGGGAUAUGAAAGCUGUAUCAGCAGUUUUCUAAGGGAUUGGAAUUUAGAAGUUUAAUUAAUCGUGAGCGUGGAUAGGCUGGCCGGGAAAGGAAGGUCGUGGAAGUCUGGGGUCAUAAAUGCGGGAGAUAGGAGUUGCAAUAAAGACAAUCUGUGUAAGUGUUUACAUGGUUGCAGAGAAGGCGGACUUCAUCAUUUAUGUGGCGUGUCCGCACCCGAGACGAUGGCAAUAGCAUCGAAGCUAGUAGAGUGAUCUUUGUGUCCGAAUUCAACCGUUGCAGCGACUUUCAUCUCCAAAAAGCUGAAUCUCAAACCUGGCAUGUUGAUUGAGGUUGACAAUCCUUUGUAUUGCCUUUUCAUUUGUCUCACUUUCCCUUGUAACAACAGCUCGUGGGGGUGAAGUUUUGAUGUUGGAUUUCUCGAUGCUGAACCCUCGUCUCGUCGACGAUCGUCGAUACUCUCUUCACACCUCCCCCUCACUCUCAACUGCAGCUUCUCGCGGCUGCGAUAAUAUAGCUUUUGCAUUGUCCUCGCGAGGAAGGGCAUGUAUUAGAUUUGAUCGCGUGGAGGUACUGGCUAUUAUGCCGUGCUGGUGCCUAGGUGGGUUUGCUUGGCGAUGAGAGAAAGGAUCUAAGCUACAGCGAUUGAACCUUUGGUAGGACUGUUGACAUUCUGAGUGCCAUUUUGGGGUUGAGGCUGAGGUCGUCAUCUGCUUAGUCGCGGCUCCAGUUUCUGCGGCAGUGUCAAUCUUCAAUGUUGCAUUCUGUCCAUAAUUUUGCAGUUUUAUUUGCAUUCUCCACAUGCUUUUAGAAUUACAUUUUCUGCUAGUAUAUCACGUGUGAUAUUCAACUACGCAUUUUGUCCAAGAUGUCCCAUUGAAGGCUUACCCAAUAUUACAGUGUUUCCUUCUUGCCGCACCAACAGUAUAUCUAUCAGGACUUGUGUUCCGCAUUGUGAAUCCAACCUGACCGAGUGAAUGAACCACAACGUAAUCUCCAACCAUGAUAAUCGACAACUGUCGGGCUAGUGUUGUCAACACAUGUUAGCUCUCCUCGGUGCCCAAGUUGCGUAUAGUCGCUGAAAGGAUUCGGUGUUGCUUUGAGCUGCUGAAGAGACUGCAAUAUUGCUUCUACAUUUUGGAAUUAGAAUUGAGGACGGAAGUGUUGGGAAGCAGGUUGUACUCCUAGUAGCGACAAUCGUGGAUCUGGGGGAAUAUGGCGAGUGACCUCCCAAGUCAGUCUCGAAUUGGGAAACGCAGCCCUCGGAAUGGCUUGGUCUUUGAUUUUAUUAAGAUCUCUGAAGGGCUUGAGAGGAAGCACCAGGCAUGCAGCCAUCCGAAACCGAAGGGAAGUAUGCGCGCGCCUAGUGGACCAAAGAAUGGUUUGGAAAAAGGAAUUUUCGGGUCAGACGCCCUGGUAGAGCUGAAGAAGCACACGAAGUUGACGAACAGAAGUCGUUGUAUGCGACCACUUUUAAAUGUGAUACAUUUUGUGGAGACAUACAACCGGGUUCGCUGGCGUAAUGGCGACUUUGGGGCUAAUGCUCUACCUCUCAAGCCCUCUGACCAACAUCACACAGAUUCCUUGAAUCACAAGAAGUCUUACGCUUGGUUACGGUGGAGGAAUUUAGGUCAUGCUCAAAGCACUGUUGUAGCUUACUGGUCGAAUUACAUCAAGGAUGCAAUUUUAAAGACAGACUUGGAGACACUAGCGAAGGUCCAUAAUGGAGACGUCCGGGGAUCUGGCAAAGAACAGGCAUUGUACCUCUGGAGGAAAGUGUUGCGUUGUCUUCAGCAAAUUGAUCCUAUUGCUUUCAAUAACAUUACUACUAUUCUCACGGCUCAAAGCAAUCUUAGAGACCGAAUCUUCAAAGCAUCAGACAGCAAGCGAGGAUUCUCGAUGGCAGCUAGAACUAGUAGAUCCUACAUUUCUUCCACAACUAGGAAAUCCAGCAGGGUGCCUUCUCCGUUACGUAAAAGCAAAGUUCGAAAGUCUAGCAAAGGUAGACUUCAAAGGUCUGGGGGAGCUCCUCGAACACCUACUAAGAUAGGAGCAAAGAGCCCUAGAACUUUUCCAAAAUCCAUCGACUCAAAGCGUGUCGCCCCCAUUGUUCUUCGUAGAACGCAAAUUAGAUUUAAGCGUCAUCCGUCUGGCGAAAAGAUGUCCCGUCGAUUACAACAUCGAAGUGCUCUUCGUUCGGGUCACCGGGACGUUUCCUGGUCAGCUGACCGAGCAAAAGCAGCUAUUUUGAUUCAGUCGCAGUGGCGAAUGUUUUUGGCUAGACGCAGUCACCGUAUCCUCCGACAUGCAGCUAUCACAAUUCAAAGACGAUGGCGAGAAUCCAGGAGACUCUCCAGUCGCACCAAUUCCGCACUUGAUGUCACAGGGGAAGACAUCCAAAAAAGUUCGAAUACACUCGGAUGUCCCUUUCGAUGUCUCUACGACUGUGACAUUUCAGCAACACAAGAAGAUGAGAUUUUUGACGAGUUUUUAAGUUUUUUACCAUGUGGCGAGCAGGACUCUAGUGUGAAUGGCCUCUCCACCACUCUGACCUCCAUUUCUCCUUACUCGUCUGGGUUCUCUAGCACAGUAUUGGCUGACGAUAGUGGUAAAGACCUUCAAUCACCUUCUCCGUCUAAGACUAGGACGUCGAACUAUGAUUCCUGCAGUCUAGAUAGUCCUGCGUGUUCACCUGCGAAGGAACUUACAUUUGCUAAAAUAAGCAUUGAAGGAUCACUUCCUCCAACACCUAUCAAAGAAUGGAGUUCGCGAAAGCGAGACCCUACCAAGAGCUCACCAUCAGUCCCAGUUAUUUUGGAGCCAAGUACUGAUGACGUGGUUGAGCUUCACCACUCCCCCACUAAAGACUGGGCUACACCCGUAACUAAAGGUCGGAAGUCGACUCUGCUUCUUGAAGGAUCUCCUCAUUCUGAAUCAAAAAUGGAACCGGUCCAACUUCUAGUCGAGUUCAUGAAUCCUGAAGAAUCUGACACAACUGAUAGCGAUCGGGACAAUCCCGAGGUGACGAGCAUUCCGCUUUCUACUUCAUCAGAUCCUAACAUGAAAUCCCUUCAUGGUUGCAUAGUUCCAACUCCGAAGGAAGAUGGGGUGGUGCCUGUUUCUCGAGCACUAGCAUACACCCCCGAUGAUCUGAAUACCAAUGUACCAGCGAGGGUUCUUGAUUCUCCACUAUCACCUGCACUGGAGGAAGAACUCCUGGAUGAGCUCUCUAAGCUUUUUGAAAGUUCGCCCGAUCCAGUAGUACCUUCAGAUCCUUUAUUCUCACCAUCUUGCAAUGGCAGAUCUGUUGAUGACUCGUUUUGUCCGGGAUCAGUGGGAUAUUCUCAACAGAAGACCUUUAUCAGAGUGUGUAAUGGCGCUUUUGUAAGUGAUGAUUUCUCACAUUCAGCAAGGAAACUGGAUUUCAAUUUAGACGACGUUGAUGAACUGGGAGAUUGUGAAGGCAACCUAGGAGCAUGCCAUUACAAUCGUGGGGACAAACCUUCAGAUGCCAACUCGGGCAAUAUUAUUAAAGACCUCGAAGAAAGAUCACCCCCUGUCUCCGCAUUGCCGAAACCUACUCUUCCAGAGCCAACCAUAUCUGAUUCACAUGACGCAGGGGACAUGGCUGAGCAGAACGAUACUAACUUCCUUGGGUUAUAUGAUGAGUUGGACGAUGUAAGAGCUUCCAGAGAUUCUCGAAGUUACAGUAAAAGAUGUCAGGCCACAGUUCAAGACUUUUUGCAGCUUGUGGAGCAAAACCAUGGAACUAGAGAUGGUGUUUCUGAAACUCCUCAAAGUGGCUUUGAAAAAUCCCAAUCUACUUAUUUUCAGGUUUCGGGAUCUCCGCUGUCCACAUCUGAAGGUGAGGACGACUUCUGUGACAAGGCUGUGGAUGGGAACGUUGUUGCUGUGCAAGAUGCAAUUCUCCAACCUAGGGAUCUCUUGCCCAAUACAUUUGAGGACCCAAUCGAGUGGGAAGUUGUGUUAGAUUCUGAGUCUCAUAAAAAAGUUGUAGACGAACCUCUUAAAUGUGGGUCUGUUGAUCGGUACGACACCAGCUUCAGCAGAGACUACAGCAACUUCGUUACUCCUAAAGUAAGCCGAUCUAGGAAUGUAGUUACAAGAUCCUGUAGUGCGAUUUACAGAUCCAAGCCUCCAUUGCCUAAGAAAAGUAGGCGAAUCUCCUUCGAUGAGAAAGGGCACAAAUUCCACGAACACCAGACUCCUCCAGAUGAAGAUAGGUGUGUAUCGUCGGAGAGGAAGGUUUGUGAAAGAUUGCUUCAUACCAGUCCCGCUUCCCCUGAUACUCCGCUGGUCUCGUACAACCCCGUCCUCAGCAGUCAGGAGAGAUCAAGCUCUUUGUCUGUGUCGAAAAAGUACUUUCUGCAGAGUCCAUCUUCAAGAAAACGCCAUGGAAAAGGCGACUCUGAUACGGAGAGUGCCGCUUCCUCGACAUGCAUAUCUCCCUCGAAGUUGGAUUCGAAGUUUGAUGUUGUCGAGAAGGUACGCGCGAAAGCUUCCCCAGCGUUCAGUUGCGAGGAAGUCCCUUCUAAACAUGCUGGAGCACUAUUCACUGGUGAUGAAGCAUUAGUAUCCAAUUCGACUAAACAUGCUUUUCCACCGCCGGAGGUUUCUAGUAAAGUGUCUGAAAAUGGAGUUUUGAAAUCUGAAACUGACUCUCAGUGGGACGAUGUUCUUCAUUACUCCUGUUUUGAAGACAAUUAUGAAGCCAUGCUCAAGCAGAAAGAUUGUCAUCGUGUUUGGUUCCCAGAGGAACUCUCUGAUCCUUCACUUCUUACAACUGGAGAACAAUUUGAGAGUUUUAGAAGAAGCUCUUCUUCUUAUUGGGAUUGUGGAUUGAUGACAUUGAUUUCAGACGGCGGAUUGAUGCGCGCAGAGAACUCUGCCCCUUCCCUGCAUGAUUUAUGCAAACUGUGGGAUGACAACUGUAUCGACCUUGUGACGAGAUCGCUCAAAUUCAAAUAUUUGGUGACCAAUCCUACUCUUCUCCGUCAUGAGGUAAAGAUGGCAUUUAGUAACCCAGAUCUCUCCAGUCCAGAAGCACAUUCUUGGGAGGUUCCAAAUAUUGAAAGACUGCAGGAGAGACUGGAAAGUCGGGAGUCACUUAAGGAGCUUAUUAAACAGCAAAGGGAUGCUAUCUACAUCAAUAUUGCAACGAAUGCAAGCAUGAGGGAGCGGUAUCGAUUGUAUAGUAAGUGGGGAAUCCGCAGGAUGUCGACAGGGCGGUUGAAGAAAAUUAUUUAUGAUCUGCUCUGGAAAGAUCCCAAAAGAUUUCAGGCAAGUGCGGACCUCGUACUGCAGUAUCUGUAAUCAAAUUUGCAGGUAGUUUUAUCAGCUUACCUAUCUGUUCAUCGAUGCAGAUGAACACACCGAUAGAUUCAAACCAUCACGAAUGAGGAUUGACGGCCAUGUACAGAAGCAUAGGAGUUUUGUAAAGAGUAGGUCCUUUCCCUUCUGUGAAAGAAGCAGACCGACUUAGCAAUCCUUAACUCGUAACAGUAGACUUCCUAUUUAGAUCAGAGAACAAUUUUUCGCUCCAGUUCAGUCAAAUCCUUCAGAAUAUGUAGCUUCUCUUCGCAGUUGAAGAACGCGCCUAAGAACUGAGAAGCUACUAGCGAACAAUAGCCUUCCUCUCUUUGGAAUCUCUGCAUAAUUUCUAUUUUAAGCUAUGAUUCAGCUCGUAAAGUGGAACGUUGAUAGUCUCUUCUCCUGAAGUCUCCCAUCUUCUGCUUGAUGUGACUCA